UCGGUUCGAUUGCGGUUUUGUCUACGUGCGUGGUGCAAAAGCGUGUGCUUGCUUUCGUCUUUUUUCAUUUGACAUUUAAAUUGUUCUAAUACGAUAUUUACCAAUCAAAUACAGGUUGUAUGUUUAGGUUUAGAAACGCCGUUUAGGAUCUGCUCUAGGCUUAAGUUGUGUGUUUGUUGUAUAGCUUCAUGUAAAUCUAGAUAUGUGCAAGUGUCAAUUUAGAAAUGUCAGAGAAAUAUAGGUUAAGUAAUUUGCAGCUGUAUAUUGUUUCUAUGGUUUCUCGAUUAUUUUGAAACCACCUUUAGGAUUUUUUACGUGUAAACCGUAGCAUAGGUUGUUAGGUUGUAAGAUUCUGUGAGACGUCGUUUCGAAGUGACCGGAAACAACGAAAAUAAUGGCCUUUAACAACAAGGAAGUCGACGUUUAUUUUGAUUUGGUUACGAUCGCCAUGACGGGGAAAAUCCAUGCGAAGGUGAAGGGCUGUGCGAAGCAAAAUGGGUUGCUUCGGCAGCAAAGACAAGCUGUCAAAAGAAGACAUGGACUUUUUAAAAUCACACACUCGCUACGAUGAGAGCACGAUAAAAGAAUGGUACAAAGGAUUUAAGCAAGACUGUCCAAAUGGUCGACUGACGCCCGCCAAAUUCGUAGACAUGUACAAGAUGUUCUUCCCAUCCGGCAACGCCGAAGAAUUCUGUGAUCACGUAUUUAGAACCUUCGACAUGGACAAAAACGGCUAUAUUGAUUUCAAGGAGUUCCUGCUGGCGAUCGAUGUAACGUCGAGCGGCACACCAGAGGAGAAAUUGAAAUGGGCCUUCCGUAUGUACGACGUUGACGGUAACGGUGUUAUUGACAUACAGGAGAUGACCAAAAUUGUCCAGGCGAUUUACGACAUGCUGGGAGCGUGUUCGUCGAACAGGCCGGCGGAUUCUGCGGAGGACCGUGCGAAGAACAUCUUCGCCAAAAUGGACGAGAACAACGACGGCCAGCUCACACAGGACGAGUUCCUCAAGGGCUGUCUGCAGGACGAGGAACUGUCCAAGAUGCUCGCCCCUUAAUGCGUCUAAUCGGUCUCCCGCGCCCACCUUUAAAAAGACUUUGUGUUUAUUGGAUGACCAAGCUAAAUAAGAAAUUCAAUCUCUCGCACACGGGUACAUCACUCAUCCAUCUUUUUUUGCAUUAUCGAACCAUCCAAGGAUUGAUUCCAGAGCCGCAGGUCGCGUAUCAACAUCGAUGAACUCUUAAUUUAGAUUGAAUUUUAUGUUGUCUGUUUUGUUUUUAUUUAUUGUUGGUGAGGCUAGACGUGCCAUUGCUUCUCAUUAAGCCUAUUCAAAAGUGUGUAAAAUUGUUCUUAUUGCGGAUUAAAAACGGCCUUUUCGCACACCUGGAUAAUACUCAUGCGUUGAAACAAUGAUGGUCGCAUAGAAUUGACUGGUUGAUUCUGUGCGACCGUUAUUCCCAUUUUUAUAAGCGUCACAGAUUCAUCAUAAAACUUAAAUGUAAAUAGAUGUCGUUUUUUAAUAUUAUAAAUGAUCUAGACAAUGUAUAGGAUGGUUUGAAGUGAACACACCUUUCUAUACGGUUCCCUGAAAUAUUAAUAUAAUAAUAACAAAAUGUAAUUGCACAAGUUUACGAUACAAUCUACUUUAAAGUCACAACUAAGUUUCGAUUAGAGAGAUUUAUUAUAUAAAAGACAAUAAGGAUAAAAAUGAAUUUCUGCUUUUAUGUAGAGUGUAUUAUUUGAAAAACUAAAUAGCACAAUCAAACUUGUUGAUAGACACAAUUUUAAAUUAAGAUUGGAACACUGUCGUUUCGAUGGGUACAUUUGCUUAUGAUAAACAUAAUUUUAAGGAGUGAUCAUUGCCUUUUUAAUACAGAAAAUAAUUUUUGAUAAAUUUAGUUAACCAUGCACAAAAAAGUAAUUAUUAGAUUACGUAGUGAUUUUGAUAAAUUUACAAAUGGGUAAAAACAAACUACUUAAUAAAAAUAAACGGAACAAUUAAUGGAUACAAUCAUUAUUGUAUAAGAGACCAAGGAAAAUGGGGAUUAAACAUGUAAUCGUUAAGAUAGAGCGGAAAAGUACUGCUAUUAAAAAUCGGCCGUUUGGUUAACUCAUCUAAAUACAAAGUACCGAGUACAAUUGUUCAAACAAAAUAAUAAACAAACCACAUAUAAUUACUAAAAUUGGAUGUUAACGUUUGAAACACAGGAAUUUCCAACAUCCGUCCAAAGCAAAUCAGUCGUAGUAAUGAGUGCUUUGUAGGAUCUUUGCUGAUAACCAAAUGGCAACUAAAAUGUCAAUUAAACAGAGCAAGUUAAUUUCUGCGCGCGAUCCCUUCCAAGUACAUUUAGCUAGUAAAUACAUUAUUAAUUAGAUAGGUUUAAAAAAAAAACAUUCCUCGUCGCACAACGGCGAUCUUUUCAAUGAAACUAGAGUCCGAACAAAGAGAGUUGCAACAAUGGCCUGUGCAGUAUUUUUAAUCCGUGAUAAAGAUGACCGGGCAUCGUCGAUUGAUGUAGGGAGGGACCUGCCUGUACGAUCCCCGGGCUAUUAUUAAAAAAAUAUUUAGCGAGAAUUAUAGCUUAGAUAACAAAUUGGUAUCAAGCGUUUUUUCAUCCAGUGGAUGGAUAUAUUGUAAGCGACGGAAGGACCAUCGAUCGUACUAGAAUUACGUUUCGGUCGUCUUGAUUGAACGCGAUUAACGGCUAUUUGUAGGCUUAAUCGGCGGACUGAAAAGUUGAUGUAGUUAAUUAAGUCGGUAAUUCUAUUUUUGUGUGACGGUCGAUGGUGUCUUCGGUUGCCCUAUUAUGGGUGUUGUACAGACUGUCGCAUAAAGCAUUUACUUACAACAAUUUUUUAGAUGUCGUUUAAAGAAAAUAUGAAUGUAUUUUACAUUUUAAGCAUAUCAUCAACUUCUUCACUAGAAAUCACCUACUUAUUAUAUUCGAAUUUAAAAGCGGAUGACAAUUUUCAACUCUCCAGUUACGGUGGGAUCACGUUGAAUUAGGGAACAAGACACAUAUCGGUUAUCGGUUAAUUUUGCUGCGGGACAACGUGGAGAGGUUUCAGAUUCUUUACCAUAACUGAAAUGAAUAAGGCCGACGGUUUUGAUUUCUUAUUCCUACGAUCGGGCCGCACGAAUUCGCCGACUUAUCGCAGACGAUCUGGCGUUUGUUUCGAUAUGUGGGGAAUGAGCACAAACUCCACAAGUAUAAAUCAAAACGCGAUUAUUCAUAAUUUUUAUGGCGCCCGACUCCGGUCUGUUUUCCUGUUCGGAACGCAACUCGGGUCGACUUUUCGUGUCGUUCAAAUGGAAAAUAAAAAUAAAUAGAACAUUUUUUACAUACCCUACUCUAUUAUAAUAUAAAUAUUCGCACAUUUAUCCAUUUUUAGUCACGGCAUUAUGGAGCUCCCGUUGCCGUUUUCUAAAUGUUAACCUGCAAAGAUUAAUAAGCAUUUGUAAAAGGGGGGGCGAUUCGUUUUCGUUCCAGGAUCGAUACAUUUUAGCCGUGAACAAAUUAUCCACCUUUUCGUCGAAAUCGCGCCAAGCCAUACGCUGUUGUAUCCUACCCGCUUCAGAUUCUGGAAAGGGUAAGAGAACUCCCCCGCUAUUAACAUUAUUUUCGUUUUCGUACCGCAUUGAAAUUUGGCAUUUUGGUAACAGAGAUGUGAUACAUCACUCCAUUAUAUGUAUUUGUCAGGUGUUUUAAGUGGAUUGUCUAUUCAUAUUUUUCUACUUGCACAUAUUGUAAGAUAUAUUAUGCUGUAUUCUAGAUGUUAUUAAAAUUAAGAUUUUUGUAAAAAAAUUCACGCCUUCCAGGUCAAGUUGUCUGGAACGCGUGGAUUUUUGACGGACGCCGGCGGAAAGCUCCUCGUUGUCUCGGCAUGUGAAAUAAACUCAAAAUCGCCAGUUGCAUUUUGUAUAUUAUUUUUACUACUUCGCAUCUGUGUCAAUACGCUUUCAACUCUGUACUUUUAUAAUAUACAUAAUGUGCCACGAACUAUUGACCUAAAGACAUAAAACAAAACAAGCUUCACAUGCAUAUAAUCAAAUAGAAAUGUGUUCUUUAGGUCGUAACUUCUUGGAGGCGUGUAAAUAUUCCGGUACGACUACGGUUUUGACAACGCCGAUUUAAUUCGAGGUGUUUUCGCUGGUUGUAUUUAUUAGUAUUGUAGAGAAAAGUGGUAAAUAUACUGAAAUUGGCCAGAAGCAGAUCCUUUAGGGUGAACUAAUAUCACUAUUUAUUGAUGGCAGAUCAGAUAAUCUUUGGAUUUUUAUCACUAAAUAUUAGGACAAUUAAAUGAUAUACAUAUUUGG